GCUCACGGUCUCGCCUCUACUGCGUACUAAUCUCCUCCACCGGACGAUCACUCUCCCUUCUUGAUCAACUCUCUCAAAACAACUCCUAGAACCACCGCAACCAAAUGGAGGACCAGCCCCGCCAGCAACGCCAGGCUGCCGCGACCCAGGAGCUUAGGGACCUCUCCUCCUCCACGAGGGGGCCCUCGACCACCCAGGUCCUCAGGGUCCUCAUGCUCGUCCUGCUCAGCGGUGUCCUCCUUCUCCUGGCGGGCCUCUCCCUAGCGGGCACCCUCAUUGGGCUCGCGGUCACGGCCCCGCUAUUCGUCCUCUUCAGCCCGGUGCUCAUCGCUUCGGCGCUCACCAUUGGCCUCGUGGUCACUGGGUUCCUGAUGUCGGCGGCAUUCGUGCUCAUGGCGCUGUUUUUCUUCAUGCGAAUGAACUCCCUAUGGACGAGGAUGGGGGAGCAAUGUACAAUUUCUGGCGGAGAACGAAGGGAUUCUGGGCCAUCUGCUUCCGUCGACAAUGGGAAUGGGAAGUCUGUCGUGGCCGUGGAUCAACAGCAACUGGUGAUAGGAAACAAUUAUUAUGUCUUCUUGAGCUUUAGAGGCCCUGAUACUCGCAAAGGCUUCGCCGAUCACCUCUACCAUAAACUCAAAGACGUGGGCCUGAGGUUCCAUCCAAACUUCGUGUUCAGAGAUAAUGAGGACCUCCCCUUCGGCGAGGACCUUGGUGCAAAUCUUAUCAGUGCAAUCAUGCACUCUAAGGUUUCGAUCCCAAUCAUAUCCAAAAAUUAUGCUAAUAGUGAAUGGUGCCUCCGCGAGCUCAUUGGUAUAAUGGAGUGUAAGGAAAGCAGAGGACAGAUAGUCUUGCCCGUACUUUACAAGGUGGAAACCAAGGAUGUGAGAUACCUGAAGGGGAGCGUUAAACAUGCCUUCGAAUCCCGUAAGUAUUGGUCUGACGAGGCGGUCAAGCAACGAGGGAAGGAAGCUCUCAGCAAAGCAGCUGAAUGUAGAGUAUACGAAUCAGAGAAUUUUGCUGAUGGGCAUGAAGCGGAACUAGUAGAUGAACUUGUAGCAACUGUAAUGCGCAAGCAACAAGAAGAUUUUCAACCAUAUCUUCACGAGAACUUGGUUGGCAAUGAUGAUGAUGUGGUUGAGGUUAUGAGAUUGGUGGAUACUGCUUGCCCCAAUACUCGAAUUAUUGGGAUUUAUGGGAUAAGUGGCAUUGGUAAGACAACUCUGGCAACAAUUGUAUAUGAAAAACUUUUUGACAAAUUUGAUUGCCGUAGCUUUCUCAGGGAUGUUGGAGAAAAACUUAAAAGUAAUGGCAUCGAGCAUGUGCAAUCUCAACUGAUCUCAGAUAUACUGAAUAAGCCAAAAUAUAAAGUGCUUGAUUCUAAUGAAGGAAUUAAGAUGAUCCAAACCAACUGUGCAGAAAAGAAGGUACUUAUUCUUCUCGAUGAUGUGAAUCACCAAGACCACCUCAAUAAAUUGAUUGGAAAUGGUAAAUUCAUGCGAGGAAGUAGGAUCAUAAUUACAUGCCGAGAUGAGGCCACGUUGAAGUCUGAAUAUCAUAAGUAUAAAUGCAGAGAAUUGAAUUUCAACAAUUCUUUGCGUCUGUUUAACAUACAUGCAUUUGAAGGAAAACCACCUCCAAUGGAAUUGGCAAGUCUUUCCAGUGAGAUUGUUGCCACCACAGGAGGACUUCCCUUAGCUCUCAUAGUUAUUGGUUCACUUCUCAAACGCACGAAAGAUCCAAAAGCAUGGGAAGAAUAUCGAGAUAAAUGGACGAAAGAACCACAAAGGGAAGUAAUAGACAGGUUGAAGAUAAGUUACGAUGCAUUAGAAGAGGGCACCAAACAAAUGUUUCAAGACAUAACAUGUUUUUUCAUUGGAACUGACCAUAGAAUUGCCACCUACCUAUGGAGUGAUCUUCAAUUGUACCCAAGAUCUGGAUUGCAAAAGAUGAUGGAACUUUCGUUGAUAAAAUAUGAUGAUAAUAAGCUAAGAAUGCACGAUCAAUUAAGAGAUCUAGGCAGAUGUAUGGCCCGUCCUGCAAAUAAGAAGCAUUGGGACUAUAAGAGACUAUGGGAUGAGGAAGCCAUGAAAGUUCUAGGACGCGAGCAUGCUAUUAGCAUUUUCUUAGUAAAAGCUACAUCCAAUUUGGGCCUCUAG